GCACAACGCUCGGGCCAAGCGCGUCGUGAUAUCCCGUUCCUGUCAGAACAGUGGUGGGGAACAAGCAUGCUGAUGUACUGCGGUUGAACUCUGCCGAAGCCCGUUACCCAUUCGGGAAACAAGUUUCUUAACGCGGCGAUACGCUAACAUGGGCGGCAUAUGGAGUAGGCAAAACGUCCGGGUGGAAGAAGUAGACUUCGCCGCCAACUAUGCCUACAGGUAUCCGCCGAAAAAUGGCAAUUACUUUGCGAGUCACUUCAUCAUGGGAGGGGAGCGGUUUGACGCCAAUCAACCAGAAGCGUACCUGUUCGGGGAGAACACCGACCUCAACUUCCUAGGGGGAAAGCCGACUCCUUUCCCGUACCCAGCGCCACAGGCCAACGAGCCGACGAGGCCGCUGCGAAGUCUAGUCAACAUCCGUAAGGAGUCCUUGCGCUUUGUCAGGAUUCAAGACGAAUCGUUGAAGGCGGAUGACGAUACGACGGAGGUGGCCCCGCCUUGCCGGUACAACAUUGAGUUCACGUUCGACACGGACGUCCGGUGCGCCAUCACCAUUCACUACUUCUGCGCAGAGGAGAUCACCAGCAAUGGUCUGAUUUACAGCCCAAGAAAUGCCGAGAUGAGUUCGGAGACGUACCACUACAAACGCGGUGCCAACCAGCAGUUUAGCCAGUCGUCGCACAUUUUCGAUCCCAGCCUCUACUGCGAAGAAGAGCUCAGCUACAACUUCGAAGAUGAAACCCUGCCAGUUGUCAUCCACUGCCUGGCCGAGGAAGGGGAUGAGCCGCGCCAGUCGCACGUGCUCGUCGCCGUCGUGGAGAAGAACUCAGACAACACGUACACGCUCAAGCCGCUCAAGCAGAAGCUCUUUGUCGAUGGCCUCUGCUACCUGCUGCAGGAAAUCUACGGCAUCGAGAACAAGAACGUGGCCCAAACCAAGCCUCCCACGGGUGAUGAGGAGACAGAGGACAGUGGUGCCGAGUGCGUCAUCUGCAUGUGCGACAGUCGGGACACCCUGAUCCUUCCCUGCCGGCACCUGUGCCUGUGCUCGUGCUGCGCCGACUCGCUACGCUACCAGGCCAACAACUGCCCCAUCUGCCGGGCGCCCUUCCGCGCCCUGCUCCAGGUGCGGGCCGUGCGGCGCACGCUUGCCUCGGCCGUCGCCGUGCCGCACCUCGGCGCAUCUGCUGGAGACGCCCAGACCUGCCAAGACAUUCCGCCGGGCUACGAGGUCGUGCCGCUCGUGGAAGCCCUCAACGGACCGGUCGCUGGCUCUGCGCCAGUUGCCGCCAUGCACCUAACUGUUGGCCUGCCACCUGAAGCGUCAACGCCCGAGGGGCCAGCAGCCAAGCCUCGAAGGAGUGGAAGGCGGCGUUCAGGAAGCACAUCAUCAUUACAGACUGACAGCGCCGGAGCCGCUGCAGCUGCUCCCGAGGUCGUGGUGGCCGCGGUGGUUUCGUCGGAUGCCGAGAAGGGACGCGCGGUCUCUCCACUCGGUCCAGAUGUCCGCUGGCACCGGCGGAGUUCCUCCCGCGCCGCGCCGGAGCAGGUUCGUCUGCUGUCAGAGUCGUCCAACGGCUCUGCGGGUCGUCGAAAGGCCCGAGAGGCGGAGGCGGCCGAGACGCGCUCGCUGCUCGAGGGGAGCGGAGCAGGCGAUUCGCGAAGCCAGGUGGCAACUUCUCCGUCCGCGCACGGGAAGGUGUCCGCCUCGACGCCCCACUCGCUGCAUCUCUGCCAGGCCAGGCCGGACAAAGAGAACAAGGCUACAGACACCUCUCCUGGAGCCGAGGACUCUGAUUACUACACCCCUGAGGACCCAGCCGUGCAAGAAGGUAGCACUCACUUCUUGGUCGACCAAGGGACCGACACCAGCCUGGACACGCCGCUGGCCGAGACCCCCGGUGCCGAGAGUUCGUCGGGAAUCGCGAUGCCGACGUCGUCGGGCGGCAGUGGCAGUGCCAAGAACUCACCGGAUGCCAUGGCGCUGCGUCGGCGGCGAGUCUUCGACGACCGGUGCUCGCCCGUGCACGAGGAGGACCGCCCCAUCGAGUUGGUGGAGGUCAAGAAGGCCACCACGCCGCUGGCGUCCACAGCAGGGACGACGACGUUCGAGGCACGCACCCAAACGACGUCGCCGUCCCGUACUCAGGCCAGCGGCAGCGUCGGGCACGCCGAGACCAGUGUCUCUCUGCCGGGCACCCCGGCGAGCAAUGCCAGCAAUCGCAGCAGCGGCGACAGCUGCAGCAGUGGCUCGAGCACGCGGCUGCUGCUAUCUGUACGGCAUAACUCUCAGCCUCCCAGCAAAACCACUGGAGGCAGUGUGGACUGAUCAAAGCGUAGGGAGGAAAAGAAAACAAACAAAAAAAGGAGUACAUAAGAUCAAAAAGAAAGCUGCAGCUUUCAAGGAACAUGAAAAAGAAAAGAAAGGAAAAUAUUUCAUGUUCCGAAAGGGCAAACUAGCUCCGAGAGGUCUGCACUGCCCGAGGAAACGGAGGCGCGUUGUCGUGUCCGCGGGCUGUCACCGAAUCGCUGACACCUGCCCUUGCCAAGAAACACAAGUCUCCCCGCCUUCUUGCAGCAAGCUUUGGAUCGCUUCUGAUUUGUGCUUUGUGCCACGUAAUGCUAAUCCUAUUUUAGGCUUAGAAUUUUAGGCACCGCACUAAACCUAACUGCAUUAAGCCUGUUUAGGUAUAGCAGAAAAAAAGAAAUGAGAGAGAUUUGAAAUAGGAGUUAUCGUAAAGGAGGGUGAACCUCAGUGGCUAGCUUAGACAUGAGUACACAUUGUUUGUAUGAAUCAUGCUUAGAGAAACUGCGUGGAUCUGUACCUGAAGUGGAUUCAAUGUUACUUUUGGCUGUCACGCUUGAUCACAACUGCCAUGAGGUGAAGGGAACUAUCAGUGUGAAGUGUGUGCCUGCAGGAGUGUAGGACACAAUCUUUCGACGGCAAAGCCGAGGAAAAAGCUCUGCAAAGUGCUUUUGCAUGCUCCGUAGUUGACCUCGGCUGCAAGUCGAUCGGGGCCAUUAUGGACUGUUGCCAAUGGACUACGCCUGUCUUCGGUGAAAGGCAUAUGGCCGGUCUUUCCACUUUGCAUGUCUGAAAAAGUAUUCGUUUAAUGACUUCGCCUGUUAGUGACUUGCGGUUAUAUUUCAAGCAGCGAUACGAGAAACUCAAUCUAAAAGGCACAGGGAGUUCAAACACAGACACAUAAAGGGGUUCAGGACACCAAGAACGCCCACUUACAACUAUAGAAGCGCAUUACGGCAAAAA